UUUGCUUCAAAAACCAAAGAUAUUCAUUUUCUUCUUCACCACUCUCCAUCUCUCUCUCUCUUCUCCACAACCAAACAUGGCUUCUCCACUCUCACUCUCCCUCAUCCUCUCCAUCUUCCUCUUCCUUUCUCCUUCACUAUCUUCCUCAUCAGAGCUCGACAUUCUCCUCGACAUCAAAUCCUCUCUUGACCCUCAAAACCGCUUCCUCACGUCAUGGACUCCCGACGCCGACCCUUGCUCCCCCGGCUCCUUCGACGGUGUUGCUUGCGACGGAAACCGCCGUGUAGCUAACAUCUCUCUCCAAGGAAUGGGCCUCACCGGAACUAUCCCUCCUUCUAUCGGUCUUCUCACUAGCUUAACCGGUUUAUACCUUCAUUUCAACUCCUUGACCGGUCAGAUUCCUAAAGACAUCUCAAACUUGCCUCUCCUCACCGACUUAUACCUCAACGUCAACAAUCUCUCCGGCGAAAUUCCUCCUCAGAUCGGAAACUUAGACAAUCUUCAAGUGCUUCAGCUAUGUUACAACAAGUUAAGUGGGAGUAUACCGACACAAUUAGGUUCUCUCAAGAAGAUAACUGUCUUGGCUUUACAGUACAACCAACUCUCCGGCGCUGUGCCUGCGAGUUUAGGCGAUGUUGGUACGCUGACUAGGCUAGAUUUGAGCUUCAACGAUCUCUUUGGUCCUGUUCCGGUGAAACUCGCUGCUGCUCCUUCGCUUCAAGUUCUAGACAUUCGCAACAACUCCUUCUCCGGCUUCGUUCACUCUGCUUUGAAGAGGCUUAACAGUGGGUUCCAGUACUCAAACAACCACGGUUUAUGCGGAGAUGGGUUCAUAGAUUUAAAAUCUUGCACCGGUUCCAACGUACCGAACCUAAACCGUCCCGACCCAACAAACCCAAAGAGUUUCAUAACAACCAACGAUGUGAAACCAGAGUCUGCAGUAGUACAAAGAAGCAACUGCAGUAACAACAACAAUGGCGCGUGCUCAUCAAAAGCCUCAAAGUCCUCAUCUCUAGGCAUCGUCAUGGGACUAAUAGGUUCAAUACUCGCAGUUGCAAUCUUCGGUGGCUCAACGUUCACAUGGUACAGAAGAAGGAAACAGAGGAUAGGAAGCAGUCUCGAUGCUAUAGACGGUAGGGUAAGCACCGAGUACAACUUCAAAGAAGCUUCUAGAAGAAAAAGCUCUUCACCGUUGAUCAGCUUAGAGUACGCCAACGGUUGGGAUCCCUUAGGGAGAGGACAGAACAGUGGUAACAACAGUGCGUUGUCUCAAGAAGUCUUUGAGAGCUUUAUGUUCAAUCUCGAGGAGAUUGAGAGAGCGACUCAGAGCUUCUCUGAGGUUAAUCUGUUGGGGAAGAGUAACGUCUCUUCGGUUUAUAAAGGUGUACUUAGAGAUGGCUCUGUUGCAGCCAUCAAAUGUAUAGCGAAAUCGAGCUGUAAAUCCGAUGAAUCGGAGUUUCUCAAAGGGUUGAAGAUGUUGACAUUGCUGAAGCAUGAGAACUUAGUGAGGCUGAGAGGCUUUUGCUGCUCUAAAGGGAGAGGUGAGUGCUUCCUUAUCUACGAGUUUGUCCCUAAUGGUAAUCUUUUGCAGUAUCUUGAUGUGAAGGAAGAGAGUGGAGGAGAGGUUCUUGAAUGGACUACUCGAGUCUCAAUCAUAAAUGGAAUCGCUAGAGGCAUUGUUUACUUGCAUGGAAAAAAUGGGAAGAAACCUGCAAUAGUUCACCAGAACCUAUCAGCAGAGAAGAUUCUCAUUGACCAUUGGUACAAUCCCUCUCUUGCUGAUUCCGCUCUUCACAAGCUUUUCACGGAUGAUAUCGUUUUCUCGAAGCUCAAAGCGAGUGCUGCAAUGGGAUACUUAGCUCCUGAGUACAUAACUACAGGAAGGUUCACUGACAAGAGCGACGUCUACGCCUUUGGUAUGAUUCUGCUGCAGAUACUCAGUGGUAAAAGCAAAAUCAGCCAUUUGAUGAUUUUACAAGCUGUAGAGUCUGGACGACUGACUGAAGACUUCAUGGAUCCGAAUCUUCGAAAGAGCUUUCCCGAGGCAGAGGCGGAGCAGCUGGCUAGACUUGGUCUUCUCUGCACUCAUGAAUCCUCAAACCAGAGACCAUCCAUGGAAGAUGUUAUGCAAGAACUGAAUAAACUCGCCACGAGUUAUUAGUUUCCAGUUAACAAGAUUUUUUGCUUACUCCCACCAAAAGCUUUCAGACUAUCACCACUUCCUGAAUGGUCUUGUGGGAAGCUUUUAAAUCUGUUUAGGUUCCCCCCAUGAUGUAACAUAUUUUCUCCUUGUAACUGUAGCUGAUGUACUUAGGCUGUAAAACAAGAGCUUUUAAGACAUUUUGAAUGGUCUUGUGGGAAGCUUUUAAGACAAAUAUGUUGAACA